AUGCCAAAGGAGAGCAACGACGUGGAGACUACAUCGUCGGCCGGUUUGUCCAGAGGGCAGGCAAAAUUGGCGAUCGACUUGUCGAUUGCGAGGCUGAGCAUUUUUGAUAUGGAAGACGCAACGAAAUUGCAAAAGGAGCUGUUUAACAUCCGGAUAGAAAAAGGCUUAACUUUCGAAGAUGUAUUCAAGACAAUGGACGAGAUUGCCAAAGAAAGGGCAAGAGAAAAUUUUCUCAUGCACAAGUAUCUCGACACUUUGCUAGAAUUCACCAAGCUGCAGGAUGAGAAUCCUCUGAUGAAAAAGACAGAUGCGUUCGCGUUCCUGGAAACCAAAGCCAACGAUGAGAAUUGGUUUUUAUUGCAGCUUGAGAGAACCAUGGAGGAAAGCGCAUGCAUCACACGGUGUCUUCCUGAGCUGUUCGAGAGGUGGAAGGCCGGACCGAAUCCCUCUGGAAUAUUUUUCAAAAAAAGACGAGGCGUGAAAGACGAGAACUUGCAGGCGGCACAGAAGAUUCUAGCGGAAUAUAUUCGCUACUUGAGUCCACAACAGUGA